AUGAGUGCUGCUUCCGCCGCAAUGCCCAAAGCCGCGGCUAUUCCCGCUCGUUUACUGCGGACUUCGCGACAAUGCUCCAAGCAGAGCCCGGCCGCCAGUGUCCGAUCAACCACCACCGUUCGGACUUAUCAUGUGUCGACUGCUUCUUCAACAAGCCAGCGCCUGCGGGAUGGUGUUCGUAGCAAGAACAGUCCGGCAUUCCUGUCGUCAAGGGUUUUCCAUACGACCGCUCCUCUUGGGGCCAUGUCUGACCCGUAUAAAGUUCUAGGAGUCGACAAAGGUGCUUCUGCAGGAGACAUCAAGAAAGCUUACUAUGGAAUGGCCAAGAAAUACCACCCGGAUACCAACAAAGACCCUGGCGCCAAGGAAAAGUUUGCGGAAGCUCAGUCGGCCUACGAACUUCUGUCCGAUCCGAAGAAGCGCGAGAAUUUCGACCGGUUUGGCUCAGCUGCUUUCGACCAGAAUGGCGGCUUCGAUCCCAGUGGCGGUAACCCGUUUGCCGGCGCCGGUGGAUUCCACGGCUUCGGUGGUGGAUUUGGUGGUGGAUUCCCUGGAGGAGGAUUCUCGGGUGACAUCAACUUCGAAGACUUGUUCGGCGCAUUUACCGGCGGCGCUCGCCGUGCGGGUCGAGGACGCCGAAGCCCGUUCCAGGAGAUCUUGGUUGGCGAAGAUAUCGAGGUUCAAACCAACAUUUCUUUCAUGGAAGCUGCGAAGGGUACCUCCAAGGAUAUCGUCAUCACUCCUCUGAAAGAGUGUGGCACCUGUGACGGAGAUGGACUGAAGAAGGGCGCCAAACGUUCGCAGUGCCGUCAGUGCAACGGUUCUGGCACUCGGGUACAUUUCAUGCAGGGAGGAUUCCAAGUUGCAGCAACCUGCGAUGCCUGUGGAGGUGCGGGAAUGAUUGUUCCCCGCGGAUCCGAGUGUGGCUCGUGUAAAGGAAGUGGUGUGGUCAGAGAUCGCAAGACCGUCCAGGUCGAUAUCCCCGGCGGUGUCGAGGAUGGUAUGCGUCUGAGAGUGUCCGGAGAAGGUGACGCCCCUCCUACAGGCACCGCGGCAGCCCCUGGCUCCCGUACACAGCGCGGUGACCUCUACGUCUCCAUCCGGGUUUCCCCCGACCACCGCUUUAGCCGCUCCGGCUCCGAUAUUCUCUACACGGCCUCUAUUCCCCUCACUACUGCUCUGCUUGGCGGUGAAGUGACCGUCCCGACUUUGGACGGCGAGGUCAAGGUCAAGGUUGGCACGGGCACUGGCACGGGUGACCGCAUUACACUGUCUGGCAUGGGUAUGAAGAAACUCGGGGGCCGUUCUAGAGCCUUCACUCCUACGGGUGACUUGAAGGUGGAGUUCAAGGUUGCCAUGCCGAAGUAUUUGACUAGCAACCAGCGCACAAUUCUCGAGGUUCUUGCAGAUGAAAUGGGUGACAAGACAGCCAGGCGCAUCAUGGACAUCCCCAGGGAUGGAUCUACUCCUGACUCCAGUUCCACCUCCGACUCCUCCAAAAACGAGGGAUUCCUCAAAUCGGCCUGGCACAAGCUCAUGAACCACUCCAAGCAAUCGGGAUCGGAAGGCUCGGGUAGCGAGUCAGGCAAGAAGGACCGCGGCGACAGCAACAAAUCCGACGACGAGAAGAAGUCCGGCUCCAGCUAA